ACCUGCCGGGAUCCGUGACCGAGCCCCCACCUUGCGCAAUCGACCUUGCGCAAAUCGGAGCAGGCGCUAUGAGGAAGAAAUAUGUUUUACACACGCUCGUUUCCUAGGCUGAGUCGUGCGCGCAUUGUUGCUAUUUCGGAUUUUGAGAGGGAAAAGUUGGAUUGAGGAUGGACAUGGAUUUUGAAAAGAAGGGAUCUUCGGCACCGUCAUCGAUUGAGAGGGAGACGGCGCUACAGACAGAGGCCUAUGUCAUCCAGUCGCAGAACCCACCGACGGCUGAAGAUGAAGAGAAGGAGGCUGGGCUGGAGCAAAGCGGAGAGCAGAAGCCUGCGGCGUCGAAAGCACGAUUAAUUAUACUGGUGCUCACGGUGACGGGUGCUGCGUUCUUGAAUACUCUAGCUGUACAAGCCUGUGUGAUUGUUCUUCAGACCAUUGGAAAGGACCUCAAUAUCCCAGAGAGUCGCCAGCAAUGGGUCAUCUCCGCCUACUCUUUGACAUUCGGUUGCUUCCUCCUGCUAUGGGGACGCCUCGCAGACGUGUACGGGAAACGACUGAUAUUCAUAUGGGGCUCCUCGUGGGUGACAGCGACGACCAUUGCGAUACCUUUUGUGGAUAACGAGAUCGGAUUCGAUGUGCUGAGAGGCUUGCAAGGACUGGGCGCGGCAGCGAAUGUCCCUACAGCUAUCGGGAUACUGGGUGUUACGUUCCCUCCGGGCAAAGCGAAGAACUACGCGUUUUCGUGCUAUGGCGCUGGAGCUCCGAUGGGAUCUAUAUUCGGAAACCUGAUGGGUGGCCUCAUUGGCGGUUACUUGACCUGGAAAUGGGUCUUCUGGAUCCUCGCCAUUCUCGCUGCAAUAGUCACUGCGGCAGGCUACUUUCUCAUCCCCGUCCCACUCAUUACUGCGAGCAGUGCCGAAGGACCCAAAGCGGCCGUUGACUGGAUUGGUGGAACGCUCAUCACAGUCGGACUCCUUGCUCUUAUGUUCGCUCUCACUGAGGGUAACGUAGUUGGCUGGAAUACGCUAUGGGUACCUGUGCUCAUCGUUGUCUCCAUUAUCCUCAUUGGCCUCUUUGUUAUCUGGCAAUGGUGGCUGGAGAUGAAAACUACGCGACGGCCAUUAAUGAAGGUUUCGAUUUUCAAUAAUUUGAAAUUUUCCGCGGCCAUGGUAACAAUGCUGUUCUUCUUUGCAUCUUUCAACAACUACCUCAUCUUUGCCACAUACUUUUUCCAAGAAUAUCAAGGCUUAAGCGCAAUCCAAACCACACUCCGCUUUAUCCCUACCGGCGUCUGCGGCGUUCUUGUCGCUAUUGUAACCGCGAACAUCCUCUCCCGCAUCCGCGGCAAUCAUAUCCUGAUGUUCGGCACCCUGGCCACCUCCGUCUCGGCCCUCUUGUUCGCCGUCCCCAUCCCACCCCACACGAGCUAUUGGGCCUGGAGUUUCCCAGCUAUGGUUCUCGCCGUCUGCGGCGCUGACACUGUCUACCCUUCCCUCACUCUCUUCACUGCGCACGCUCUACCGCAGGAAGACCAGGCACUCGGUGGCGCCUUGGUCAAUGCCGUAGGUCAGGUGGGCCGUGCGAUUGGUCUCGCGAUCGGAACGGCUGUGCAGACAGCGGUAGUAGCGAACAAGAAGGGCGUCAAGAUCAAAGACGUAGGUCGAGCUGGCCUGUCAAAUAAGCACGACACAGCGUACCUAGACGGUUUGAGAGCGGCAGAAUGGCUCAAUUUCGCAUUAGGAAUCGCAGCAUGUGCAGUAGCCGGGUUCGCGAUGAGAAAAACAGGAAUUCUGGGAGCGAAGAAGCACUAACAUCUCAUCCCCAUAUCAUAUACGUCUAUAUCUCUAUACCCG